GCCCGCGGAGGCCGGUCAGAGCGCCAUUCAUGAACUACGACAUUCUUGCUCCUUUCUCCUCCUCUUCGUCCUCUUCCUUUUGACUUUCUUUGUUCCUUCCUGGAAGCUGCAGCGAUGGAGCUUGGACAAGAGGGCAUAGGAAUUGUCGAAGUUUUCUUCGCCGAUUGGUUUCUAAUCCGUUCCUAAUUUUAUCGCGAAAGUUCAGUCCGGAUGGGUGGUCAGCUUGGCAAGAGGCCCAGCAUGAGAACAGAUCGACGUGAUAGUCACCGCGGAAGCAGUAGUAUCAGUGGCGGUGACCAAGUCAACGUUGACGCCGUCGGCCGUGUUGAUCCCGGUCCGAUUGGCAUCAAUUACUCCGACGAACUGAGCUACUACGAGGCCGCAUGCCACGAUGACCCUGAGCUCCGAUCGUUCGACUCCAUGCUCCAGCAGCGCACUAGGCACGCCAUAUCCACCCUGGCUUAUGGUGUUGAGCUUCGGUCCCUUUCCUUCAACACUCUCAAGGAGGUCACUGGCUGCAUCUUUGAGACAAACAACGAAGUGGUUCUUGCUAUUCUGAAAUGCAAGGAUGACAUCUGCAAAAACACCGAGCUCUUUGACCUUGUCAAUGACUACUUCGAGUGCAGCAUCAAGACCCUUGACUACUGUACUGAGCUAGAGAAGUGCCUCAAGAAAGCUCGCGAUAGACAUCUGAUUAUCCAAUUUGCUCUGCAGCACUUUGAGGAGGAGGACAAGGAGAAGAAUGGAGUUGAAGCUGAAGGAAAUGUCAAGAAAUACACAAUGACCAUAGAGAAAUUGAGCAAAUUUAAGGCUGCUGGUAAUCCGUUCACUGAUGAAUUCUCUCAACUCUUCAGAUCUGUUUAUAGCCAGCAGCAGCAAAUGCUCAAGAAACUGCUAAUCAGAAAGAAGAAGCUUGAUAAGAAGAUGAAAUCCAUACGGUCAUGGAGGAAAAUGUCAAACAUACUUUUCGUGGCUGCUCUUGCAACUGUCAUUAUAUGCACUGUUGUUGCAGCUGCUAUUGCUGCACCUCCUGUUGCAGCUGCAUUGGCUGCUGCAUCUUCAAUUCCGAUUGGUUCUUUGGGAAGUUGGAUUAACUCAUUGUUAAAGAACUAUCAGAACACUGUGGGAGCAGAGAAAGAGCUUCUUACUUCAAUGCAAGUUGGAACAUGGAUUUCUUUAAAAGACCUAGAUACUAUAAGAGUGCUGGUUGAUAAGUUAGGGGUUCAUUUCAAUUCACUGCUGGAAAAUGCAGAUUUUGCCCUUAAGAAUGAGGAAGUAGUAAAGUUCGCAAUUGAAGAAAUCAAGCAGAACUUGGAAGUUUUCAUGAAGAACAUUGAGGAAUUGGGAAAGCAAGUGGAUGAGUGCAGCAGGAAUACAAGGAAAGCAAGAACAUUGGUGUUAAAGAAGAUCGUCAACCACCCAAACAAGUAGAAUAAUUUGUUGGUUUUUCAUAGACCUUACGAGAUGCCACUGCCGCUUGUGGUGAAAAAGAGAGAUUCAUGCUGAUUUUGGAUAUCAAUAACAUAUGUAUGACUUAGUGAUAAAGCUCACAAAGUGCAUCCCCAGUUGCAGAAGCUUGACAUAGGAGAUGUUGGAAGAUAAUUCAAUCAUUGUAUCCAAUGGCCCAUGGUACUUAACAUAUUCCUGUAGUCUUUCUUUCCAAUUAAAACUGCCUAAGACUGGUGAAAUGUUGAAUCUCAUGCAUGACUUCAUUGGUAAUCCUUCUUUGGCAUGCUCUGUUAAGUGGAUGAUUCAGUUCAUAUGCUUCCUUUGUAAGCUUUCAUGAUUAGCUGUUUUUUAUAAUCAAUUCACCAUCAGUUUGAAGGAGACAAAUGUACGAUGUUUUAGACUUCCCCACUUCGCACGUAAUGACAUGUACUUUUGAUUCUUGAUUCAACAAAGGAAAAGACACUAUCUGCUCUGUCACAGGCAUUUUGUGUAAGCAACUGAUAGGCUUGCUAAUGAAUCUUUGUGAAAUAUCUCUUAUAAACAAUCAAUAUUGCUGUGCUAUAAAAGGGCUUCCUCGAGGAAGCUUGGAGUGUUCAGGGAGGGGCAAACAGACGGGAACAAUUAGUAUCGGCUCAAUGGACAGAGGUUUGCCCACUGCUGCAAAUGGGAAAGAAAGGGUGCCACAAGCCAAGGAUAUCAGAUCGAGCAACCGCUGCAGCUUCCACAUGCCGCUGCACUACCCACGGUACACCGGGGCUGACUAUGAGUCGAUGCCGGAGUGGAUGCUCGACCGCCUCCUCAGCGACUAUGGCAUCCUUAUCGAUGCUGCAGUAGACGUCGACAGCAAGAGGAGGUUUGCCAUGGGCACCUUCCUCUGGCCAGCUGCCCACUGAAUGAAGCAAGCAUACUGCAUACAUGCCCACAUAUAUAUAUAGUAGCAGUUAAGGUAAUUACUACAUCGAAAAUAAACAGGUUGUUGUAAGUUGAAGGGAUCCUGAUCUUGUUUGCAGUUUGUAAAGCUCCAAAUAAAAAUUAUAGUUUCAACUCA